CUCCGUUUGGGCGGAGUCAAGCGUUUCUUUCUUUCCGGUCUGUGAAAAAAUCCUAGCGGAUGCGUUGCCGUGUGUUUAUACGCCAAUUUCACGGGUAAAACUGUCCAUCCACAUCAGGAGUAAUUUUAUGUAGGUCCAACGCACGAAGGAGCUAUUAGUCGUUUGAGCACAGCUGGACGACCACCACCCAACAACAUUAUGUCGACGGGCCCCGGGCGCACCAGCACGGUGACGGAACCGUGGGGGAGCUUUGACGACCACCUCGUCCAGGGCGGCGGCUCGGCGGUCAUUGACAUGGAAAACAUGGAUGACACGUCGGGCUCCAGUUUCGAGGACAUGGGAGAGCUACAUCAGAGGAUGAAGGAAGAGGAGGAAGUUGCGGCAGAAGCAGCGGACGCUGACGACCAAGACGGGGACUUCUUGGGUAUGAAGGGCUUCAAGGGUCAGCUGGGCAGGCAAGUGGCAGAUGAAGUGUGGCAAGCAGGAAAGCGCCAGGCAUCUCGAGCCUUCAAUCUGUACGCCAACAUUGACAUCCUGAGGCCCUACUUUGACGUGGAACCCGUUCAGGUGCGCAGCAGGUUGAUCGAGUCCAUGAUUCCUGUCCGCUUGAUCAACUUCCCUCAGAAGAUUGCAGGUGAGCUUUAUGGUCCGCUCAUGCUGGUCUUCACAUUGGUUGCCAUCUUGUUGCACGGGAUGAAGACAUCCGGGACUGUCAUUAGAGAGGGUACGUUGAUGGGAACGGCCAUCGGAACGUGUUUUGGUUACUGGCUAGGAGUUUCUUCUCUGAUCUACUUCCUGGCGUAUCUACUCAAUGCUCAGAUCACCAUGUUGCAAAGCCUCUCCCUACUGGGCUACGGCUUGUUCGGCCACUGCGUGGCGCUCCUGGUGAGCUACAAUGUGCACUUUCACCAGCUCUUCUACGCCCUCUGGCUGGUGCUGGGAGGACUGUCCACCUUGCGCAUGGUAGCGGCUCUGCUGUCCCGCACGGUGGGUUCCAUGCCUCGCCUGCUGCUGUGCGCUACAGUUUCUGCGCUGCACAUGCUCUUCCUGCUCUACCUUCACUUUGCCUACCACAAGAUGGUGGAAGGCAUACUGGACUCCCUGGAAGGAUCCAAUAUGGCCGCCAUGCAGCGGGUGGCCAGGGAUGUGGAAAAUGUCAGGGUCAAUGCCACCGUCGCCCUCGCCCUGUGACACCCCCCCCACACACACACACACACAACACGUCUCCCACCCCUUCUGUCUUCUCUUCAUGGUUACAGUUGUCUUCAUGCCAUGUAAAUAUGCAAUUUACUCCCCCUUAGUUAAUUUGAACCUAAUACAUAAUUUGGACUCCCUGA